AUGGGGUCCCAGGCGCCUCAGAGUCAGGCGGCGAUGCUGGCGACGAUCACAUCGGAUCUUGAUAAGAUUGCACCUAGAUUCGAGAUGCAACCGGAGCAAAUUGAGAUUAUCCAGACGCCGUCCGAGUUUUAUCAAACAUUGAAAGACAAAAUCUCAAAAGCCAAACACACAAUCUACCUCAGCACUCUGUACAUUGGCAAAACAGAACACGACCUAAUCAGCACCAUUCGCGAUGCCCUGAAACAAAACCCAAGUCUACACGUCUCUUUCCUCACAGAUGCGUUGCGCGGAACGCGCGAAACACCCAACCCAACAACCGCCUCGCUGCUAACACCCCUGAUUGCCGAAUUCGGGCCACACAGAGUCGAAGUGCGCAUGUACCACACGCCCAACCUAACGGGGCUACGGAAAAAAUACAUCCCCAAGCGUAUCAAUGAGGGCUGGGGCCUGCAGCACAUGAAGCUGUACGGCAUCGACGACGAAAUCAUCAUGAGCGGCGCAAACCUCAGCGAAGACUACUUCACCAACCGGCAGGACCGAUACCACUUAUUCCGUUCCCGCGAACUAACAAGCUACUUUAAGAACAUUCACGAUGGAGUUGCAGCACUCAGCUUCGAUAUCCAGCCUAGCGACGCCGAGGGAGCAGGCGGAUACAGCAUGGCAUGGCCAACCACAAACGCCGCACCAAGUCCCCUCGACGAUCCAGCAAAGUACCGGAAAGCCGCUGCACAGCACCUCGCACACCUACUUAGACCUGAGAACACUCCCAAGCCCGCACCAUCAACACAGCAAUCAUCACCAUCAUCAUCAACAACAACAACAACAACAACAAUAUACCCCAUCCUCUCUCUGGUCCCGCUCCUCCCCUCCUCAACCGAACUCCCCGCUCUAACCACGAUCCUGACGGCGCUCGCCCACGCGCCCCUGCACCCCAGCACGUGGACCUUCACGGCAGGCUACUUCAACAUGACGCCGUCGUUCCGGCGGCUGCUGCUCUCGACGCGCCCCGCCUCCGGCACCGUGCUGACGGCGCACCCGCACGCAAACGGCUUCUACGGCUCAUCCGGCAUCAGCGGCAUGCUGCCCGCCGCAUACACGCAUCUGGCCAAGACGUUUCUGCGCAGGGUAAAGUACGAGGGUCUGCGCGACUGCAUCACGCUCAAGGAAUGGAAACAUGGUAUCGUAGGCGAGAAAGACGGCUGGACAUAUCAUGCAAAGGGCAUUUGGAUCACGCUGCCUCGCACUACCACUACUGCUGCUGCUUCUGAGGCGCAGCAGCAGCAGCAGCAAUCACACGACAACAACAAUGAAGAUGCGGAAAACAACCCCUGCAUCACUAUCAUCGGGUCCUCCAACUACACAAAGCGCGCGUACGAACUCGAUCUCGAAGCCAACGUCGUGGUGGCGACGACGGAUCCGGGGUUGCGCCGCCGCCUGGGCGACGAGGUCAAGUGGCUGGGCGAGCACGCGAAGCCCGUGGAUGAGACUGAGUUUGACAGGCCCGAAAGGAAGGUCGGCAUGAAUGUGAGGUUGGCUAUGUGGGCGGUACGCGUCCUGGGCGGCGCCUUGUAA